AUGUCACCACCAUCAGAUGGAGUCCAUGCUCCCCUCUUGACUGGCUGUAACUCGGCGGCUGGGUCUGGUUCGAUUCCUGGUGCCGUACUCAAUGUCGCCACGAGCAUAGUUGGCUCUGGAAUCAUGUCAAUCCCGGCGGUUCUUAACGUUCUCGGCGUUUUUCCCUCUUUCACCUUAUUUCUAAUCGUCGCCGUGCUAGCCGAAGUCUCCGUCGAGUUUCUCAUGCGUUUUACACAUGCCGGUGAAACGACGACGUACGCCGGCGUCAUGAAGGAAGCUUUCGGAUCCGCUGGAGCUUUUACCGCUAAAGUUUGUAUCAUAAUCAACAACUUCGGGGCUUUAAUUCUCUUCCUCAUUAUUAUCGGGGAUGUUCUAUCUGGAAAGAAAAGUGGAGAUGAAGUGCAUUUGGGAAUUUUGCAACAGUGGUUUGGGAUUCAAUGGUGGAAUUCUAGGGAAGUUGCUCUUCUCAUCACCUUGGUUCUUGUUAUGUUUCCAUUGGUCUUGUACAAAAGUGUAGAAUCCUUGAAGUACAGUUCUGCAAUAUCAACUCUUCUUGCUGUGGCAUUUGUUGUCAUUUGUUCUGGAAUGGCAAUUGUUGCUUUGGUGCAAGGAAAAACACAAACUCCUAAAUUGGUUCCUCGGUUAGACUAUCGGACAUCUUUCUUUGAUUUGUUCACUGCAGUUCCUGUUAUAGUUAUAGCCUUCGCAUUUCAUUUCAAUGUGCAUCCUAUUGGAUUUGAGCUCGCAAAUCCAUCUGAUAUGAAAACAGCAGUUCGAUUAGCAAUAAUCUUUUGUGUUGUUAUCUACUUUAUAAUUGGUUUAUUUGGCUACCUCUUAUUUGGAGAUUCAAUACAAUCAGACAUUUUAGUCAAUUUUGAUCAGAAUGCUGAUACUGCUGUUGGUUCAUUCUUCAAUAGUUUAAUUCGUAUAAGCUAUGCAUUCCACAUUAUGCUAGUAUUCCCUGUUGUGAAUUUCUCUUUAAGGACCAACAUUUAUGAACUCUUCUUCCCCAAGAAGUCUUUACUAGCCACAGACACAGACAACAAGAGAUUUGUGAUUCUCACUCUCGUAAUCUUAAUAUUCUCCUAUCUUGCUGCUAUAGCAAUACCAGAUAUUUGGUAUUUCUUUCAGUUUCUAGGAUCAACAACUGCAUUGUGCCUUAGCUUUAUUUUCCCUGGCAUUAUAGUUUUAAGGGAUGCUCUUGGAAUAUCAACAAGAAAGGACAAAAUAAUAGCACUUGUUAUGAUUAUACUUGCUCUAGUGACAAGUGCAAUUGCAAUUUCCACCAACAUAUACCAUGCUUUAGGUAGCAAGUCAUAG